AUGGCACGUACUAAGCAGACCGCUCGGAAAUCCACCGGUGGUAAAGCGCCGCGUAAACAACUGGCCACCAAAGCAGCCCGUAAGAGCGCACCAGCAACCGGCGGUGUUAAGAAACCACAUCGCUACAGGCCCGGUACCGUCGCUCUCCGUGAGAUUCGUAGCUACCAGAAGAGCACCGAGCUCCUCAUCCACAAAUUGCCGUUCCAACGUUUGGUGCGUGGAAUCGCUCAGGAUUUCAAGACCGACCUCCGCUUCCAGAGCUCCGCCGUGAUGGCCCUUCAAGAGGCUAGCGAAUCUUACCUAGUCGCUAAUAAUAGUGGGCUUCCCCUGCAUAUUAGCAACCUAUUAAAAGCCAAAAAAGCUGCUUUUCGGAGAGCAGCAAAAUAUCCCACGCCCGAAUAUAGGCGCACGGCCAAUCGUCUUCAACGAGAACUCCGUUUCCGCCUCUCUGAAUUUCGAGACCUCGAAAAGAGUAAGCUCAUGGAGAAUAUCUCUCCCUCUCAUACAGCGUACUAUCAGAUGGCAAGAGCCCUCCGCAUAGACGCUAUCACCCACACUCCCCCUCUCUCCCGUCCCGACGGUACGGUAGCCUUCGAGGACGAGGAAAAGGCUGAGUGCUUUGCAGACAGCAUUGCCGCUCAAUGCUCUCCUAGCUCUCAACCCGUCGACCCCUCACACAUCCAGGCAGUGGAGGAUGAGGUCCGCCGCAGGAACUCGCCCUCUACAGCCUCCGAACCUAUCUCUGUGUCCAAUGAUGAGAUUUCAUCCCUCAUCAAAGGACUUAAGCCUAAAAAGGCUCCGGGCGCGGAUGGCAUCUCCAACCAAGCCCUAAAACACUUUCCUGAGCAGGUGCUAACCCUUUUAUCUAUUAUCUUCAAUGCCUGCUUCAACCUUAGUUACUUUCCCACUACGUGGAAAGAGGCAACUGUGAUUGGUAUUCCCAAGCCAGGCAAGCCUCUUAACCUCCCCUCCAGUCAUCGUCCCAUUAGCGGCCUCAAGGCCAUGGGCAAGCUCUUUGAAAGAGUCAUUCAAAAUCGAAUGAGGCGCUAUCUGUUUCCCACAGACGGUGACCCUAUUGUCAUACCCCACCAAUUCGGUUUCCGAGCGAAACACUCUUGUCCCCAACAAGUUCACCGUAUUGUGGAAUAUAUCCUCAGCGGUUUUUAUCCUCGUCGUCAUAAGACCAUCGCGGUCUUUUUCGACAUAGCUAAAGCCUUUGAUAGAGUCUGGCAUGAAGGCCUUAUCUACAAAUUAUACAAAAUAGGUCUCCCCGAUCGUCUAGUACGUCUCGUGGCCUCUUAUCUAAAGCAUCGUACCUUUCGUUUUAGACACGAAGGCACGCUAUCUUCUCAGCGUCCCAUCAAAGCUGGUGUCCCUCAGGGCUCAGUACUUGCUCCUCUCCUGUACAUUUUGUUCACCAACGAUAUUCCCAUCCCGUCGAAAGGUGUUCAGCUCUCCCUCUUCGCAGAUGACACUGCCCUAUACUGUAAAGGUACCUCGCUACCUUUCAUACGGAACAAGAUCCAAAAGUCAGUUGAUGACCUAGGAGCUUGGUUUAAAAAAUGGCGCAUCGAUGUGAACCCGGAGAAGAGCUCCGCCGUUCACUUCGAUUAUAAACGACGCCGACUCAAAAACACUCCACCAAUACGUAUGCUAGGGACCCCUGUCCCCUGGCAUACGACUGCCAAAUAUUUAGGCGUCACUCUUGACACAAGCCUCACUUUUAGGUCCCACGUCAAAAGAGUAACCCGUCACGCACGUUUUUACCUGGGUAGGCUCAACAGUAUGUUGGGCCGACACAGUAAAAUGUCCAUCAGAAACAAGCGUACCCUUUAUAAGGUCUGUAUACGACCAGUCAUGUCCUACGCGGGCUCCAUUUUUGCCCACGCUGACCCUAAAAUCAUUAAUGAACUCCAAGUAGUUCAAAACCUCUUCUGUCGUCGAGCUACGAACGCACCUUGGUACGUCCGUAAUGCCGACCUUCAUCGGGACUUAGAGCUCCCUACAAUCCAACAAUUCCUUAAAAAACUCUCUGAGAAUUUCUUCAAAGCCUCAGAGUCGCAUUCAAAUCAUUUUAUUCGUGAGGCAGCUAAUUAUGCAGCCCCACUCCCCUCCCGCUAUAGCGUCCGCAGGCCGAGGAACUCCCUCUCGGACCCGCCUAAUAAACUUUCAAACGACCUGAACUGCCUCCUGGCGGCUCAGGCCAAUUCUAAUUAA